CACCAUGGCGUCUCACGGUCUUCACAAACUGUUCUUCUUCCUCGGCCUCGUCGUCGCCCUGGCGUCGGGCGAAGUUGCCAGGUCCUUCGUUUUCGACUUCGAAAACGACAUGGAGGGAUGGUCGUCGUACAGAGGGUCGUGGCGCUGGUCGGAUCGUGACAGCUUGGCCAACAUCCUCCCCGCCAGUUCCAUAGAUGACGGCUUCGCUGUUGUGGACACGGUGAGCAGCGACGAGCUGUACACCCCGUACUUCAACGCUACCUCCGGCGCCACCUUCAGCCUCACCUUCUUCCUGCGAUCGCGCUGGGAGGGCUCCAACAGCAUGUACGUUAACUUGCAGAAGAGGGGUCAGCAGGCAAAGCUGUUCCUCGAUCUCAACGACUACUCCAGUCAGUUCUCCAGCUCUUGGAUUACAGUGACGGGAGAGAUUCCUCCUUCUGAGGAAGAUAUUAUGCUGAUCGUGUUCUGCUACAAUGGAGACAUAGCGCCUGCCGGCUCCCUCAUGUACGGCUGUGCGAUCGACCAGAUCCAGAUUGACCUUCACGGGGACGAAACAACCACUCAGGCUUCGACAGUCACCACGACCACAUCUGAAACUACAGCUACAUCUACGAAAGCUCCAGAGACAACAGUUAAACACACCGAUGCCCCGGAAACAACACCUGAAUCUACUGAAGCCCCAGAGACAACACCGGAACCCACUGAAGCCCCAGAGACAACAGCUGAACCCACUGAAGCCCCAGAGACGACAGCUGAACCCACUGAAGCCCCAGAGACAACAGCUGAACCCACUGAAGCCCCAGAGACAACAGCUGAACCCACCGAAGCCCCAGAGACAACAGCUGAACCCACUGAAGCCCCAGAUACAACAGCUGAACCCACUGAAGCCCCAGAGACAACAGCUGAACCCACUGAAGCCCCAGAGACGACAGCUGAACCCACUGAAGCCCCAGAGACAACAGCUGAACCCACCGAAGCCCCGGAGACAACAGCUGAACCCACCGAAGCCCCGGAGACAACAGCUGAACCCACCGAAGCCCCAGAGACAACAGCUGAACCCACUGAAGCCCCAGAGACAACAGCUGAACCCACCGAAGCCCCGGAGACAACAGCUGAACCCACUGAAGCCCCAGAGACAACGGAGAAACCUUCCGGAAUACUAGAGUACGACUUUCAAUCCAGUGCUCAAGGGUGGACGCUGAGCCAGAUGAACGGGGCCGCCUGGAAGAGGGUCGAAUUCGAGGGCACCGGCCACCCUGUAUCGCCUCCUCCUGAAGGUCCCUGGGUUUUGCAAGUCUUCCCUGAACACAUCUUCGCAGGAACUGCCCUUGCUCAGAGCCCCAAACUUAGGGCUAUCGGUAGCUCGCUGACCGUCGACCUCGCCUUCUGGGUGGACGGGACGAAAGACCUUCCCACUAAGCUGAAAGCUCGUAGACGUUCAGAUUUCAGUACUUUCGACGCCGAACCUAUUAUGAACCUUGAUCCGUACGGAAACCAGAUGAACUACAACUGGGUUGUGUUCAGGGCCUCCCUCCAUGAUCUAGUUCCUGGAGAAACAUUUACCAUCACUCUAGAGGGCUCCCUGGGCGGCAACCCCAACAACUCGGUAGCCAUCAACAAGGUUCUCCUAGAUGGCGUUGAGGAAAUCCCAACAGACACCACCGACUUCAUUGACUUCGAAGAUGGUCUGUUUGGUUGGUCCGCAGGGAACAUGGACGGUGGACGCUGGGUUCUGAAGCGCUGGAGCGACCUGGAUCCUUCCCUGAAUGUCCCCCAGCCUUCUGACGGAGAGAACUUCCUCUUCGUGGACCGCUUUGACAUCCACUCAGGUAUUAUUUCGCUGGAAUCCCCGGCUUUCGCCGUGUCGCCCGGACAACGGAAGAAAGUGGUUGUGAAAUUUUGGCUCCGAGGCUCUGUUGUCUAUCCUGCGGCUCUUAGGCUACGGAAGAAGACUGUCGACGGUGUUUACGAUGACCUCCCGUUCCUCAACCUCGCUCAGUACGGCGACAUCGACAACCCAGACUGGAUUCAGCUGAACAAGGAGUAUGAGAUCCCUGUUGACGAGACCGAAGAAGCUUUCCAGCUGGUGAUCGAGGCCGACCUGGGAAGUGACCUGGACAACCUGGUGGCUCUGGACGACCUGAAGGUAACGACUGAGUUCGCGUCCCCCGCAGGAAGGUCGUAAGAGGGUCGUGAACGCGAAGGCGAAGGCGAGGUCGUCAUCUCUUUCUCUCGUUUGGGAUGAAAUAAAGGAUCCUUAUUUUUGUAAAGACUUUUUACCUCAGUUCUGCUUUCCUAUGAUCAUGUAUACUUUAAGGCAGUGAUAAGUAUUUAUUUAACAAGUUGCAUUUCGAUCUGUUUGAUGACUGUCCUAUGUAAAAAAGAAAAUGCAUUUCGGAUGUUCCAGAUUUUAUGCGGAAUUGACACGAAAACGAAGAGAAAACGAAAGAAAAGAUAAAAGGAAAGAGAAAAAAAUAAGGAAGAUAUAUCAUACUUAUGUUGUUAUCCCAUAUUUUGUUCAGAACGAGAAGCAGGCACUUCCUUUAAGGAUACACACUAUUAAUUCAGAUAUUUUAAACAUCAUCAUCAUAAUAUAUUUUAUCAGCAAUAAUGUAUAAACGUUUCCUAAAUAAAUCUAUUCACAAA